AACAUAUCGAAAGUGCAGCAUAUUGACAGCAUCGUUAAGUAGAUUUUGUGUUUACAGAAAAAGUGGCUAUACUUGCACAAGCUUCUGCCAAAAUUUAUAUUUAAUUUUUUAUCUUCCCAUUUGUUUACAUGAAAAUAUCCAAAAUUACGUCCGAAACGGCAGAACAACAACAACUGAAAAUGGAUCGGCGCAAAAAGCGUACGUCGACCAAUCAGUAUAUGAUGUAUAUAGACCUGAUGGAAAAAGACCAGAUAUUUGCCACACAGCGUGUGCCCCGUGACACGGAUAGCAAUUAUUUGACUAAGAAAUGGAAGGAACUAUCAGCAAAACUGAACACAUGCCAAAAUGGUCCCACUUUGACUGCAGAAGAGUGGCGUAAGCGUCUAAACGAUUGGAAAAAUACCACGCGAUGUAAAUAUCGACGUAGUGUGUCUGGUGAAAAGGAUAUAUCUCUUACAUCACUAGAAUUGAAAGCAUUAGAUUUAUUUGGUAAAGCGCCAGUGGUACCAACAGUGCCGGAUCAAAUGUCAUUGCAAUUAAAAUGUGAAAAAGAUGCUCAAGAUGGUGAUGAGGAAUUCGAAACACAACGUACAUCGGAAGCUUUUCAAAAAGAAUUACAGGCUGCUGUUGAGGAAGCAAUAGGCGGUGAUGACGAUGAAGCGUUAGGUGAUGAGCACGACGAUAACGAAGAAAUACUACCAGAUGAAUUGGAACCAAAAGUGGAACACUCUAAUACGGGCAAUGGUACAACAACUACUUAUAGAACGAUUGUUGUUGAGAACACGCCCUAUACUGAUGAGAGUCCAAACGAAGAGGAUCAUUUAGAAUUCAUAACACAUCGCAAGCAAAUAAUUGGAUCGACUGCUAAUAGCGCCGUACCAGGAAAUGUGCAAACAAUUGUACACACAGCGCCCGCAACUACAGUGACAAAAUUAAUAAAUGGCGAUAUACCAUUGAAAAGACUACGUUCACAUGCACCGGAACAAAUAAUAUACGAAGUGAAAAAAGCGCCUGUAACUCAACAUCAUACACACCGCAUUACGACUAUACACAAUAGCACACCAAACACUAUUACACAUCAUCAUCAACAACACCAGCAAUCACAUACACACCAGCAGAUCCAACAUAUACAGGAGGCUGCUCCCAUUGCUGAGACCAGCCCCAUCACUUCUCAGGAUGCACGCGAGCUAACACGACAACUGAGACGUAUUGCGAAUAUUAAAGCAGAGAAGCUAAAAUUUGAGAUUGCCAGAUAUAAAUUCAACAAUCCAGGAUUUCAAUACAACAGCCCACAAUUAUAGUAUCAUUCUACAAAUCCACAUCAGAAUGACUGUAAAAAACAAGUAGAAUUUAAAUUAAAUAAUGUUUUGGUGUAUCUAGGCUAAGUUUAGUUUAAAUAAUAAUU